UGGUCUCCGUCUGUUGGCAAAAUCCGUACCCCCCAGGCGCCGUGGGGAUGCUUAGCUCGGUUGUGGGAGCCACUGAGCCCCGAGGGGAAGGAUUGCUGUCGGGAAGAAGAGUUGCGUGAGCUCUCCCAUCUGUCUUCGCGAAUUGAGUUGAAUCCGUCAGUGGGCCGAGAGAGUAUCCAUUGCAGAUUGGAGCAGAAGAGAGGUCUGUAGGACGGAUGUCUCAGGAAAGAGGAAGUCAUUAUGUGACUAACACAUUUUCAUCAGAUUUCCUCUGAUUUACCCUGAAGUGUAUGUGAGAAUGAUGUGCACUGCCAAGAAAUGUGGAAUUAGGUUCCAGCCUCCAGCUAUUAUCUUAAUCUAUGAGAAUGAAAUGAAGGGGAAAAGUCGCCAGCGCAUCAUGCCUGUCCGAAACUUUUCAAAGUUUUCAGAUUGCAAUAGAGCUGCUGAACAAUUAAAGAAUAAUCCACGACACAAGAGUUACCUGGAACAAGUGUCCCUGAGACAGCUAGAGAAAUUAUUCAGUUUUUUACGAGGUUACUUGUGGGGCCAGAGUUUGGCCGAAACAAUGGAACAAAUUCGACGGGAAACAACCAUUGAUCCUGAGGAAGACCUGAACAAACUAGAUGACAAGGAACUUGCCAAAAGGAAGAGCAUCAUGGAUGAACUUUUUGAGAAAAAUCAGAAGAAGAAGGACGACCCAAAUUUUGUUUAUGACAUAGAAGUUGAGUUCCCACAGGAUGAACAACUGCAGUCCUGUGGCUGGGACACAGAGUCAGCUGACGAGUUCUGAGAUCAAAAACAAAACUUUCUUGGUCUAGCAGAAACUCCAUGUUUAUACAGAGAAUGUAGAUUAGUUCUAGAAAAAUCUGUAAAGAACACUAAGUGUACAUGUUGGGUCAUAUUUGCUGUUACUUUUCAAAACUAGGACCUAUAAAGCAUCUACUAUGUAGAUGCAUGAGGAAUAUAGAGAAAACAGAAUAGAGAAAUCUGACUUUAAUUAGCUUGUGAAAAGCUAAUUAACAGUAUUAGGCAGCAAAAAGAUUGAAGCCAAAUGCUUAAUAAAGGCAAAAAAGGGUCGGAGCCUAGAUUACUGUAGAGUAGAAUAGUUAGGGAAGACUGUCCUUUAGUGGCAAGAUGGGACUUUGCCUGGCCCUUGAAGUGGCAGUAUUUGAAUAGAAGCUUACAUAGGAUUCCAGAUGGGA